AUGCCUAUGAAUUCGCCUAUGCAACAACGUUCCCUAACAUCACCCGAAACGGAUUUUGACCAAACUAACAACCAAAACACUUCACCUCCUCAAGUAUUCAUUCCUUCACAUCCCAAGGCUCCUCCUCCAUCAUCGCCACCACGGAGCAAUGGACGUGGAGGUGGUGUUGGAGGUGAUAUUGUCCAACCUUCAACAUCACCGACACUGCUGCCUCGCAAUCCGAUAAGUGAUUCCUCCAAGGGUGGUGAUGGUAAAGAUAUCGCUCCCAAUCCCACUACCAUCGUUCCUCCUUCCAAAUCAAAUCUCGGCUUCAACAAUGAGUCUCAACAAGCUGAUGCUGUUGGCUUGGACGAUGACCUCUUUCGACAUUUCCUUGAGCUGGGUGGUCUUGCAGAACAUGUGAGAACGGAAGAUGAUAGGAAGCUCGUGCUGAACUUCAUCAGGGAGAAUGUUGGAAUGCAGAAGCUUGUAGAGGCCAUGAGGAGGGAAAAGCAAGAACGUGCUCCGUCAAAACCAUCAAAAACAAAUCACAUGGAGAAAAUCACUGCACCGGUGAGGGUGGCGCACAAUUCUCCACAAGAACCCGAUGUAGCCCCUGCACCUCUCCACACUUUCAUUCCAGCACAUCACAACUUUCCCCCUCCACCAUUACCACCGCCAGACCCCGUGCCCCAAAGCGUGGUUGGUGGUGGUGGUGGUGGUGGUGGUGGUGGUGGUGGUGGUGGUGGUGGUGGUUUGGCCCUUUCUCCACCUCCACAACCAUCGUCACCUUCAUCAACUGAUCCUCCCUCUUCUAGCCAAAUAAUUGUUUCCGCUCGUGGUGAUGGCAGUGAUGGUGGUGGCUCAAAACCCAUCGCCACCCAUCUCUUCUUGGAUGACAUCAAGGCUUUUGAUCGGAAAACACUCAGAAAAUUGGAUGUCAGCUACAGAGAUUCCUUGAGCUUACCUGACAACUAUUGGCCAGCAACUCAUCCAGCCAUGGAUAAAUCUGUUGGUGGAAGGGAGCACGAUGAUGGAAUUGUAGUCGGAUGUUUGUCCCUAUUGAAAGACCUUAUUUCGUCCAAGAAGGACGAAGGAGCGGAGGUGGUAGGUUUCGGAGCACCGCUGCCACCGCCGCCAGAGGAUACGAUUAUCUGUGUAGGAGGGGGAGGAGGAGGCGGGGGAGGAGGAGGCGGAGGAGGAGGAGGCGGGGGAGCAAUGCCUUUAACUUCGCCUCUACUACUAAGAAUUGAUGAUGGCGGCGGCGGUGGUGGUGGUGGUGGUGGAGGAACGUUGGGAUAUGAGGGAAUCUCAGUGGGAGGAGGCGGAGGAGCGAAUUUCGGUUUCGGCGGUAAAGCACGCGGCUUUGGCACCGGUUGA